AUGCCCCGCUCGCUUCCCUGGCUCGCCAACGAUAACAGGCAAGAUACUCGUCAACGCGACGGCACGCCGACUCCUCGCGCGCGACGACGCAGCCCUCAUACACCAACCAGGAACACUGAAAUUAACGGAAACCAAGUAUCGGCUCCAUGGGAAACCCCAAGGCAUCUGGAUGUUUUGAGAUCCUCGCGAAGUCCCCCGACAUCCCCAGUCUAUGCACCUCCGAUUGAAGAGUAUAUACGAGAAGGAUUUGACAAUGAUGAUAUGUAUAUUAUGGUCGAGGACGAAUUCUACGCCGUCGCGCAGCUAUUUACCAGACAUCUGCACCAAGCCGAAUACGUACGACGAAGGAAAGAGGCAAAAGAACAAAAUGCGUCUGUAAUCAGGAACUUGUCGCGUCCAACGGAUGGAAAAACCGCCAUGAGCAAGGAGGCACUGAAGCGGAAGGAAUCAGAGAAUAUCCACGAACUACAAAGACAAGCCUUGGCUACCCCAAGACGGCCGCGCACAGAUUCCGACGACGUUGAAGAAACCGGGGGUAGUGACCUUGAGGAGGAUCGUGAUGAUGAUCCGUGGUACGGAACUUCGCUACAUACGCUGAUGACUAGUCCGCGAAAGAACAGGUCGCUUGUUGGGCUGGAUGGUAUCAGGUCGCAUACCAGAGCAGCAGCUGGAUAUCGCCCCGAAGUUGCCAGGCAAAGGAGUGACACAUAUCGACCUACUCAAACCACUUCUAGGGAGGAACCUGCUGUUGACCCUGUGGCGAUGUCAUCGUCAGAUGAGGACGAUGAUUUGGAAAUAAUUGAGUCAAGAUCGUCGAGACCGAAUCAUUUACCACAAUCUUCAUUGCGUACUAGGCCGUCUAUUAUCAAAGGAUGGUCUCAGGAGGCGAGUAUAGAUCCAUCAAUUCGUCAACACACUGCUAUGAAUAAAGAUCACAUGAGACCUUCCCUUUCCGAGUCGGCACGGUCCGCUACAAGUGAUCAGCCGCCCACACUCUCGAAAAAGUCACAUAUACAGGAGGUAUACAGUAGCAAUGAUUCAACAUCCACUAGUCCUCGCACAAGUUGCGGCAUGAACUUUACCAAACCCAGAAAGAGAAUCUUACUCGAUGACAUAGACGGUUCGAUUGAAGUAAAGGAAGAAGUUAGGGAACAAAAGUUCUCAAUUCAUAAUAUAAUACAGGGCCAGCCUAGAAGGUCAUUAUCAAAUGCAUCCUCUCAUUCGAGGCACCGUGCUGAGGAUAAUAGCGGAAAGAAAUCGCGUCUCAAUAACGUUCCGACAUUCUUGGUGUGA